AAAUAUAUACAAACGAUACCACGUGGAGAAUUUAUUUUUACGUUGUUGGUUAUUUUAUACCUAACCUCAUUCAAUCCCAAUCAACAGUACGGUACAAUCUUCCGAACAAGAGUUUAGGUUAUUCUAUAUCAACGAAACAUUAAAAUGUUCCGAACUGGAUUGAGAACUGUACGUAUUGCUCUAGGAACAAGAGCCUUUGCAAAUGCACCGGCUCAAGAACAAUCGAUUUCAACUGCUUUCAAAGUUCAAGAUCCAAAAGAUUUCAACGAUCGCGUUAAAAACUCCAAAGUGCCUGUGAUCAUUGAUUUUUUCGCAACAUGGUGCAAUCCAUGUCGUAUGCUCACUCCUCGUAUAGAAUCGGUAAUCGCAGAGAAACAAGGAAAAGUUUUACUGGCAAAGGUUGAUAUCGACGAGAAUAGCGAUCUUGCCUUAGAUUACGAGGUUGGCUCUGUUCCAGUCUUGAUCGCAAUGAAGGAUGGAAAAGUUUUAGACAGAAUUGUUGGUCUCCAGGAUGUAGAUAAACUUAAACAAUUUGUAGAUAAGUAUUCAGAAUAAUGUAAUCUAGUUUAACUGUAAUUUUGUUGGAGUAACCUUAUGGUUACUAAAGUACUUGUAUAAUAUUGUAUGGUAAUAAGUGUAUAAUACAGUAUAACUUUUUAUUUAUAUAUAUCUCCAGAAUAAACCAAUUGUAAGCUUCUCAUAUA